UUUCGGGGACCUCGCCCGUAACCAUGGUCUACACACCCAGGUACCUGUGUCGGGGACCUCACCCAUAACCAUGGUCUACACACCCAGGUAACUGUGUCGCGGACCUCACCCGUAACCAUGGUCUAUCCACAAAGGUAACUGUUUCGGGGACCUCACCCGUAACCAUGGUCUACACACAAAGGUAACUGUGUCGGGGACCUCACCCGUAACAAUGGUCUACACACAAAGGUAACUGUGUCGGGGACCUCACCCGUAACGAUUGUCUACACACAAAGGUAACUGUGUCGGGGACCUCACCCGUAACGAUGGUCUACACACAAAGGUAACUGUGUCGGGGACAUCACCCGUAACCAUGGUCUACACACCCUGGUAACUGUGUCGGGGACCUCACCCGGAACCAUGGACUACACACCCAGGUACCUGUGUCGGGGACCUCACCCAUAACCAUGGUCUACACACCCAGGUAACUGUGUCGCGGUCCUCACCCGUAAUCAUGGUCUAUCCACAAAGGUAACUGUUUCGGGGACCUCACCCGUAACCAUGGUCUACACACCCAGGUAACUGUGUCGGGGACCUCAGCCGUAACCAUGGUCUACACACCCUGGUAACUGUGUCGGGGACCUCACCCGGAACCAUGGUCUACACACUAAGGUAACUGUGCCGGGGACAUCAGCCGUAACCAUGGUCUACACACAAAAGGUAACACUGUCGGGGACAUCACCCGUAACCAUGGUCUACACACAAAGGUAACUGUGUCGGGGACAUCACCCGUAACCAUGGUCUACACACAAAAGUAACAGUGUCGGGGACCUCACCCGUAACCACGGUCUACACACAAAGGUAACUGUGUCGGGGACCUCCCCCGUAACGAUGGUCUACACACAAAGGUAACUGUGUCGGCGACCUCACCCGUAACCAUGGUCUACACACACAGGUAACUGUGUCGGGCACCUCACCCGUAACCAUGGUCUACACUUUCAUCUGUUACACGUUUGCGUAUCAAUUACUAACAUAUAUAUAUAUAGCUACUUUUACAUUUGAUUUAUGUCGAUAAACUCAUUGCUGAAUACCGUACAUGAAAUGCUUGGACAUGUGUUUGAGAACAUAAAAGCAAAUCAUAUACUUACUGACACUACAUUUGUCUAUAAAGCGUGCACAUGUAUUUAUGGCACAUAUUUGUUUGUCUAAUACGGGCGAUAUUUUUAUCAUAGUUGCCGACGUAGCCACAAGUAGUUAUAUUUGUAUUCGAACCUAGAACGUAAGAUUUAUAGGUCUACGUACCUGCGUGGAGAACACCAUAUAAACAUUAAAUAUGACCCGUUUUCUGUAGUCACAGCAUGUGUUUAUCAUGCAUAUGUGUGUGUCUAGGACCGUAGAAAUAUGCCCACCAUUAAAUCGCUAUCGUACCUGUGUCUCUGUCGAGGACCUUAGAGGUAUUUAACUUCACAAUGUAGAACGAUAUAGAAAACGUCUGUGCAUCUGUAUGGCUUUCAUUCUUUGUGUACGACAUUGAUAAGGCAAUUCAUGCAAUCACACUUACACUAGGUACAGUAUAACUAUUGACUUUGACAAGAAAAUGAAUACCAUCGAAUAACAGGUCAUAAGUCUAAGUCAAGGUCUUAGGUGCAAAUCAUGAUUAUUUUGUAGGCAUACCUCUUUUGACAUACAUGUUAAUCGACAUAAAUUAAAACAUUUUGAUAACAACGGCAAAGAAGGAAAAUAUGUUUGUGUUUAUUUGCUCGAAAGUAAAAGUCAAGAAAAGUUUAGUAUGAAAUUGGUCAUGGAUGUUACGGUUUAAGUUGCCGUCUAGUGUUUUAAAAACAAAAUAAAGAAUAAAGUUUUUACCUGGUUGAAAAAAAUGCUCUGCAAAGGCAGUUUUCAAUAAUGAAUUGCAUCUUUUGCGGUGCUUUGUUGUCGUACAUGAAUUUCCGUUAAGGCCUCUACGAGAUUGCCAUACUAAACUACGGUAAACAUGUCAGUGUCUAUUUGCUAUAAAUAGACCAGUGUAAUAUGCUAUUUAUAAAUGUCGGUAACACUAGCUUCACAUACAAAUGUACCCGGUGUCCUAGUUUAUUAAUGUAUGGUGACCCAUACGUGGUUAAACCAAACUUACAUAAAUUCAUAGACUUGUUUAACGUAAUGAUUUGUAAUUUGCGGAGCAUUUAAAUAAACCUCACAUGGGAUACAAUGUAACCUCCAAAUUAACAACCACACAAAAUAUAAGGGAAUUGAAAACUCACAGAAAAAAAUAAUCAAUCAUACCAAUAAGUGUGGUUUUGCGAAUUGAAAAUAUUAAACUAUGGCAUUGUGUCGUCUCAAGGUAAUCGUAAAACUGAGGAUUGAUGGUUAGACAUUAUUUUGUAUUCCACUCUCUCACAAAAAUAAUGUUGAUUCGCAUAGUGUUAAUGCUUUUGACAUUGUGGGUUUGUUUGACAUGCUGAAACUAAUGCCAGGCGUAAAUGAUCCUCCACACCUCUGUUUACCUUCUGCUAUAUACGACACUCCCCUUUUCAUGGAAUUCCAGUGUUAAAAUAGCGACAGUGCUCCAAUCUACGUAUUGCAGACAGGUAAGACUAUUUAAUCUAUUUAACCAAGGCAUACUUUGGCGGGUAUAUUAUAUAGACUAUGUUUCAUUGUCAUUAAUGUGAAAACAGAUAAGGUAUACGUACGUAGCAUUAUUUUAAAUGUCAAGCCGUAUUUAUACAUACUUACAUGGUAGUUAUGUUAUUCAUGUGUAUGCUACGGGCCGUUGGUUAAUGUCUGCAACACUGUCGAUAAGCGAUACAUGUAUUACAGACAGUAUGCGUAUGAUAACAUAGAUGUCAUAGCUUAAAUUAUGAAAAUGAUACAAUACUGAGUCAUACCUAUUAUAAGUAUCGCCAUCAUUUGAAAUGUCUUCCCGGAGUACUGUUUCAAGCAACUACAUGUAAGUAGCAUAUUUUAUUACCUUUCUGAUAUUUAUUUUGUCACACAAAUUUACUUUAAUCCGAAAACAACAAAUAAAUGUAUACAAAACUAUGUUUAGAUAACAAACAUAAACAUUCAAAAAAUCAGGGUUAAAUGUAAGGUUUCGCACAAACAUGUAAUUAAAUACAACGACCUUGGUUAUCCAUAUAGCACAAACUGUGUGCUUUAAAAAAACAUGUUCACACUUUAAAACCUCGAUCCUAAACACAAUGUAAUUAAAAUAUAGAAAAUUGAUGAGGAAAUCAGAAUUGAUUCAGACGACGUUAUCAAUGAUAUCAUCAAAAACCUGAUUUUUAUUUUUUUUAAAGAUAAAUGUCACUAUGGACGGCAUAAAGAUGUUGUGCACUUUUAUUAUGCAAAUGGACAAAUCACGAACGCUACUUUAAAAAGAAAUAUCAGAAAGCAUUUAUUUUGAAUAGUGUCAAAUGGUGAACAAAAUUUGAAAAUUGGUGGUAGAAGAAAAAUAAAAUGUCUGGAAUGACAAAAAGUAGCGUAUUAUAUGAGAAUAACAAGUGCAUGUGAUCAUUAUUCUGUGAGAAGAAUGGAGUAACGUCUGCGAAUUACUUGUCAAUACUGAAUAGAGAACUUGUAUUUAAUUGGAGAAAAAUAGAUGAGUACAUGUGCUUUUAGCAGGAUGCAGCCACUAGUUAGUAUCUGGUAUAUUUGGGGAAGACUUUAUCCCUGCUCUCAUACAUUGAGACUAUUUUAGUUUGGUUAUUUAAAGGAUCAUGCUACAUCAAAAGGAUUUUCUUAGAAACUUGGGAAAAUGUGACAGAUUGAAGAUAAUGUCAGAGAAAAAUAGAGACAUUGGAGCAUAUCAUAAAAUGACGUUAUAAUUGUAAUUGAGGAAAAUCGAAAACCUAUCUUUUAUAAUUGUUAUACAAUUAAUGAUAAAUUGUUUGGAGUUUCAAUCAUGAUUAUUAACCAAUAAACGUCGAAUAUUUAUGAUAAAAGUUUAAAGCUGCAAAUUGGGGGAAAGUAUUUUGUAAACAUUCUGUUUAAAUGGUAGAAAGGUUCCCAUGAGAGAGUCAUAUAUCUUUAUUUGUGCUAUUGGCUGUACUUUCUCCGAUAUAAACGAUUAUCACGUAAACAGUUGCAUUUAUCACUAUAUGUUUCUUCUCACAAAUUUAUCUGUCUAACUGACUAUGAACAUUGACAGUGAACUAUCGUUUACCAUGCUUUAAAGAGUAACGCAUAGGUAUCGUUGCCACAAAACAUACCUUUAUAAUAUACGGUGACAAACAAAUCCUAAGAGUAACAUGUAAUGACGAAAUCUGUUUUAUGAUAGCUUACCUUCAGUCCUGAGUACUUGCUCAAUGACAUUUUUACUGAUUUGUGUUAGAGGCAUCUUCUCUUGACUAAACAUUGGUGUAAUUGAGUCCACUAAAUGCAAAGCAUGAAGAUAUGCUCCUUUUUUUUACUAUAUCGCAGAACAAACGCUGAAUUGUUAUGGCAUUUUAUAACCUUCGAUUAUCAAGAGAAAUGAGUGAUACUUAUCCCUUUGAUUUCUGUAAUUGAUCAAAGUGUAUUAAUUCAGCACGUUACACCAAAAGUCUUAUAAUUUAUUUUUUGUACUUUUUCCUCGUUUACAGCAUGGAAAUGCGGUUAUCCUCAGAAGAUAUGGUCUUUCUGUGCCGUUUGAUGCAAUUGCUGCAUCAGCUUGGAACGCUUGCUCUACGAAACUUGCUGAUCAAAUCGCUCUUUGUGAGAUACAUACAAUCAAGACGAGCAACAUUUACUUACUUUGCUGAUAAACAAGUCGUUGUAACAGACCAUGUGACAGGAGGAGGUAGCGGAUACUCAACAAAGUAUCGUGUGCCAAAUCCUUUACCAGAUAUCGAAAAAUGUGUCAAAGAUUCAAAGGAUGGUGGAGCUUUGCUAAACUACAUCGAGGAAACUUUUCUAACUGAAACCGUUAACAACAACCUGACAAAACUAGCUAACUUAACGAAAAGAAAAGUUAUGAAUAAAGUUCAAUGGGAAACUCUUUUUUCAAACGCGACUGUAACUAUUCAUGAUUUAGAUUUAACUCUUCUCAGCUUAUUACUGUUCAAUCUAUUUAACUUCAAACCAACCGCUGAUAUGAAAACAUUGCCGCUUAGUGGUAUCAUUUCGGAGGCGGACGAUGUCUUGCGUCUUAGGAUAUACAGAAACAAGAUAGCACACCUGAAGUCUUUGGAGAUUACCCCUAAAGAAUUUGAAGACAUGUGGAAAGAUAUUAGUUGUGCAGUCAUACGCUUGCUCGGAUCAGCAUACCAGAAUGAUAUGAAUCGUCUGAAAAUCACAAAUUUUGACGAGGCUGCCGUCAUUCGAUAUGAACAACUCAGGAAGGAAUGGUCUCAAACCGUAACUGAGAUCUACCAGUCACUCAGUGACAUUCAGGAGGAGUUAAGAUCAAUCAAGAAAAGACCAAAACAUCGAAAAGGGGUAGCAAUUCAGCUGGUAAACAGUGACGACUUACACAGAGCGUUAACAGUUUUGAAGAAAAAAGGGAUAACUACUAAAGUGAUCUCCCUUGAUGAAACUGACAGCGACUCUUCAGAUUCCUUGGUAGAAACUGUGACUAAUAGAAAAAGCAAAAGUGCAGGAUGUUUGGAACUGUUAGACUAUGUUGAUGGCGAAGAUACCAUUCGAGCUUACCGAAGUAGUACUCAUCUCGAAUCCGAAACACUAAGGGCAAAGGAAAUGGCGGAACCCUUCCAUGUAAUGUUUCCUGGUAAUGAAACAAAUAAUACAUCAAACGACCCUCCCCGGCGAUGGUCGCUGACUGAUUCUAGACCAGGGUUGACAGGAGAAUCUACAACCUUUGGGUGUCAUUCUGUGCCAUCAACAUCAUCAUGUGAUUCUUUGUUUGAAGAUAACAAGGACAAAGAUGAACUUCCACAACAGAAGGACGGCCGCGUUGGAUCAGCGCGUUCCUGUAAUGGUUUAGAAACACAUCGACCAGACAAGGUACCCGAGAUAGACCCAAAAACAAAAAGGAAAUCAUUUUGGCGUUCAUUUAAAGGAUUAUUUUGAAUGAUGGAAUAAAGCAGCAGAUGGAUGUGUAAAUUUUAUUAAAUCAGUCUGCGACGCAAUGCUACCAUCCUAUAUAUCGCUGACUCAGAUGAAAUUAGACUAUUGGCGUUUCAGGAUAGUAACUACACUGUCAGCAACAGAUACUCUUCCUGGAUGACGUUUGAUCAUUUGUAGAUAUUUUAUUACUCUUUACGUUACACAUAUAUAUCUUUGCAUCAUGCUUCAAAUGACAUUAUUAUUUUCGCCGGUAAAUGUGAUAACAAUUUAUCUCACAUGGAAUGAAUUUAUUAAGUGAAAUUGCAGUUCAGUAGCAUAGACUAAUUUAUUCUUGUAUUAGAAUACUACAACGUUUCAACAGUACCGGCAUAUCAAUAUAACGUUUCAACAGUACCGGCACAUCAAUAUAACGUUAUAACAGUACCGGCACAUCAAUAUAACGUUUCAACAGUACCGGCACAUCAAUAUAACGUUUAAUUGACAGGCAGUGUACACCUAUGCAGGUAGCAGUGCUCAUGCAUGCCCUGAUGUUUUUGUUCCUGAUUGAACUUGUUUAAUAGAAUUGGAUAUCAUGGCAUAUUAUCAUGUAUGAUACAUUAAGAUAGACACUAAAAGGAGCAUUUAAAAUUAAUGAUGACAAAAAUAAAUGUACUAAUCACAGUAAAUACGCGAAACAUUCAACUUAUUGAUAUGUUAAAGAAUUGUUCUGUCCUAUGAUACCUGGUGUUGUAAAAACAUUGUUGUCGUCACUGCAGUUGUUGUUUCAAUGUAAAAGUGGACUCCCUGUUACCUGCUACAGCCAUGACAAUGUGGCAACCACUAACUUUUUUCAAUGUUAUAUUAUGAAAUGAAAAAAGGUUUUUAAGUCUUUUUUUCUUUUUUACAGCACUGUAUUUAUCAUAUGUUAUCUUUUUCUUCUACUGCCAUAUUAUCAUAUUAUAUUGAUUAUAAAAUACAUGUUCCAAACUUGUGUUAACGCCUUUUUACCUAUGGUAUACUCGCAUAUAUGUAUAUUAUAAAAGCAAGUAUAUAAAUUAUUUUGAAAAAUAUCUCGUCUAUCUUUUGCACAAUAAUUGUAAAAAAAACUCAUAUAGUUAAUGACAAUUUGUUAUUUGAUACGUUGUCAAGAAUACGGAUCAUAGAGCUUACUGAUGUUAUGUGGUCAUAAAAACACGAUACGGAACUACUCAAAUCAUGGUAUGUUUUGAUAUCCACCAACAUACGUUUGACUUUUGUUGAGGGUGCUAUGUCUCAUCGUAGUGCGAGUGAUAAGACUGUACCUGAGCGCCGACAGUGUUUUUUCACGCUCAGACAACACUAUUUAGUUGUUAUACAUUUAGGCACAUUCAAAGUUCUACGAGUUGUCGUUCUUUCCUUGUGUCAAAAGAGAUUUAUUUCAUUGAUUUUGUUAAUGAGUACAUUAUUUUUCAUUGUUACCUACUAUUUAACAUUAUGUUUCUAUUUGAAAAACUUUUGAUUCUUUAUUGUUCAACAUGUUUUAAAUUGAAAGGAAUACGUCAGUAUAUGCUCUAAAUUGGUUCAAAAGUAUAUAUGUAUUACUGAAUGUUAGGAAACAAUUUAUUAAUGUAGAAAAUAAUUUACCGUGGACUUCUUUGUUACUUUUAAAUGACCAGUUAACAGUCACACUUGUAUGAUAUGUAAAUAUAAAAUAUAUUUUUGCCAUUUUGUUGACAAAAGAGUUAAACGCUGUUGCAUUUAUUCUCACCAACAAGUGAAAGUUAAUAUUUGGAACUAUGUAAUCACACAUUUGUCCAUUAUGUUUUUUAAUCGAUGACAAAAUGACCAAAAAGUUUAUUUUAAAUCUUUAUUGUUA